AUGGGACCAAAAUUGAUAGCGGUCAUAAGUGAACCUUCUGAGGAUGCUCGUCGCGGCUCGCCUGUACCUGGCACUUCAAAAACUGACGCAGAAGUCACGACAAAAAAAUCCGUACUGGGCAGUGCAGUAACACCGGAUGUGACGACGGUCCCCCAGAACCAAGUCGAUGGUUCGGCAACACUCAACCACAAAAACAGCAGCCAAGAAAGCAGCAAGACCGGCAAGAUAUCUGGUUCCAAAAAAGACAGUGCAUCUAGCUCUGGCGACUCGUCUAAAUCCACGAUCGGAAGCGAUGAUCAAGUCUUUGUCAAACCCCCACCAGAGGCGGGUUCUGAGAGUGACAUAAGCUCGAGUCGAGCAUCAUCGCAGCUCUCAGACGAGUCCCACCCCACUGCAGAAGUCCUAGGCGUAAUUGAGAGAUACCUAAAGGGGUUCUUAAAGGCGCUAGCUUGGCAUCGCUUUGCGAGGGGAAUCCAGAGAAAGGUGGCGGCGCACCACUCGGAGAGCAGCAUAUUGGACCCCGGUCGAAGUGAACUCAGAGAAGUUAUCACCAACAUGAAGAUCGAGAAUUGGGUUACCAUGGCGACUGAGGCCUUGAGGUCGCGAACUCAGACAGACGACCAAGCUUUGUAUAACCAAGGGCCAUGA